AGACGCGCACACACACACCCAAUCGGGAGAGAUUAAAUGACAGCAGGGUCUAUGAGGUAAACCCACGGAGGUUGAAGAAGCAAUAAGAAGACGCUUGCGGUUUGAUUGACACACUUGUUGUCCAAUCGAUGCAUUUUAUAAUUGCGACAAUUCUGUGUUGGAUCCUGGCAUCAGUUUUGCAGCGCUGACAAUAAUGUCGGUUUGUGUUCAUCUCGAAGCCACUGAUAGAACGGAUACAAGAGAAGAGCACAUCGUUCUCUCUGGGUGAUAUUCACAUGGUUUUCCUCAGCUGCUCUUCCGUGCAGGUGGAGCGACCUGCAGAAGACUGCAUGCUAUUUUUUAAGAAGUUACAAACCAAGCAGCUCCCACCACCGACUAACAGCUAGCUGCCUGUAGUGAAAUAACGUCAGACGUAUUGGUGCGUUGCUAGCUAGCGUACUGUAUAUCUGUAAAUUAGCCUAGCGCAGGGGGGAGCUAGCCACCGGAGCCUGCUGGCACCGCUCAGUGACUCUCCUGUGGGUCUUACUGGAUCUAACGAGUUGUCUGUGUGGACUCUACAACCAAGAGGAAACGAACAGUGGCUGAAUCCAUUCACCGAGAUUGGACUGUGGGAAACUGCAAAGCCCCUCGCAGGUGUGGUAUCCUGUCCAUGAUCCUGAUUUCCUGACUUUUUUCGUGACCCAGAAUGACUUGUUGAGUCGCAAUACUGCCAACUCUUUGUGUGGUUCACAUACUCAAAGGGAUUAACAUCACAAACAAGAAGGCCUAUAUUCAGCAUUGGAUGUGGAAAAUGUCCUUGCUGUUCUGUUUUCAAGCUCGGUGAGGGAUACACCAAACCUGAAAUGCAUCAAGAUGCUUAUGGCUAGAAGAGUCCCUUCAACAUUCAACAGCUGCAUUUUUUCACAUUUUUGACGCCAUACAUUUUGGGCCAGACAGGCUGUUUCAUCGAAGGGAUUGUAGUGGGGGAGUGUUUCCAAGCCUGAGUGACCUCUUCCUGGGAAGGAAAUAGAGGAAAGGCCCUGGACGUUUCUGGAGACCAGGGCAAAGAAAGAAAAAGGGAUCGUUGCUGGGAGGCCACCAGUUACGUAACUGGCACCCCCAGUUGUCCACCAAUGGAGUGGAACAAGGAAACCAAUGGAGGGAACUGAGUUGUUCUGUGUUGCCUUGCUGGUUGAUAUGAGAAAGGCCAUUAUCUGCUCUGUACAUGUCCUCUAGACAUGAUGGAUGAACACUGUAAUUUUAGCUCUGUCUCAACAAUUUAAUUUACAUGGAUACUGAUUGGUGUUCUACUGGAUUUUUCUCACAAUGUGCUGGAAAGAACCACACCAUCACUUCCAGUUUCCACAUACCCGUUGCAGCUGGCAAGUGAGGUGGUUUAAAUCAGCCACCGGCGGGGUUUAGGGAUGCCCCGACACAGGAAAACCAGGCUACUCCACUGGCCCACUUAUAAACUGCUGUUUCUAGUACGAGUGCUGGACUGAAAGCAAUAAGGUCUUUUUUUUAUUUUACAAGACCUUCUUACACACAGCUAACCCUGCCCAGACUGCUGUUCUCUCGAUUCUGAAAACUUCAAAUUUGAGGGAUUAGGAAUCUCCACACACAGAUUUAGCUUCAUUUUAGGUAUUAAUCUGCACUUUUUGAAGGUGAAAAAGGUCAUUGGGAUGUAAAAGGGAUAGCACUUCUCUCCUUUUACCUCUCACUUCUUUCAUCUUUUCAUUUCUUCCUCUUUUUCUUAUUAGUCAAUCUCGUACCAAACAGGUUUACCUCUGCCAACUCUGGUACCUCACUUAACCCCCAUUUAAAGACCAAACAAAUCAACUUGGACCAGUUUUCUGUAUUUUAGCAUAUGUUGUGACUUAGAUGGCACAAAUCACAAAAUAACAAAUUGUAUGUGCUCUGUCAGAAGGGAUCAAAUGGGGUUUUACAUCUACUUAAACAGCCAUAUUUUGCAUUGCACUAUUAUCAUGAUUUUCACCAAGCCUUUAUUCACCUUGCUAUGUAUGUAGUAAACUUACUCCAUUUAAACUGGUUUAAUGGUCUUGUGUGAAAUGGACCUCUAAGAAUGAUCAGUUUCUAUUGUCUUUUAUGACUAUGGCUUGUGGAACACAGUGUUGUUUAUGUGCCUCCAACUUGUUUACCCCUUUAUAAUCUGUGGCUUAUUUGUUCAUCCCGCCUUACCACCUGCUUUUGAGGCUGACAGGGAAACAAGGCUUUUACAACUGAGAGACUUUUAAGCUUCUUUGAAUCUUACACUCAGUAGAUCUGGAUUGACUUAAGAAUCUAAAAACAAGCACCACUCCUCAAAUGAAGUAGGAACUUUUUCCUUUUUUCAACUUGAAAGAGGAAACCCUUCUCAACUGUUCCAUCAUUUGUUUUGUGCACCUUCUUUGCAUUGUUUUCCUUUUGCCACUCUCUUAUUUCUACUUUCAAUCUAAAAAUCCACUCAAUGCAUGUAAAGAAACAUUUAAACUUUAAGGACAGAUUAUUUGGCAUAGCAGUUGUACAUACAAACACCACAUACAGGAAGUGAUGCUAGGUGUCAGCAGUAAGAGUGGAGGGCGGGGUCCAUCUUCGUCACCCCUCCCCCACACAGUGGUCCCGCCCAGCAGACCCCUGCGACCCUCUCGCUACGUCCCUGUGUCGGCAGCCACUUUCUUCCUCGUUGGUUCCACCACGCUGUUCUUCUGCUUUACGUGCCCGUGGCUUUCAGAGCGCUUCUCAGUAGCUGUGCCCAUCUACAAUGGAGUCAUCUUCCUGUUUGUUUUGGCUAACUUUUGUAUGGCCACAUUUAUGGACCCUGGCAUCUUUCCAAGAGCCGAGGAGGACGAGGACAAGGAGGACGAUUUCCGUGCUCCCCUCUACAAGACAGUGGAGAUCAGAGGGAUCCAGGUCAGGAUGAAGUGGUGUUCAACCUGCCGCUUCUACAGGCCACCACGGUGUUCCCACUGCUCCGUCUGUGACAACUGUGUCGAGGACUUUGACCACCACUGUCCGUGGGUGAACAACUGCAUUGGUAGGAGGAACUACCGCUACUUCUUUCUCUUCCUGCUGUCUCUGACGGCUCACAUCAUGGCCGUGUUUGGCUUUGGACUGCUCUUCAUGCUUUACCAUCGGCAGAACAUUGACCGCCUGCAGGCCAUUGUCACGCUGGCUGUUAUGUGUGUUGCGGGUCUGUUCUUUAUCCCUGUUGCUGGCCUCACUGGUUUCCAUAUGGUGCUUGUGGCCAGAGGCAGAACUACAAAUGAACAGGUGACAGGAAAGUUCAGAGGAGGUGUUAACCCUUUCACCAAUGGCUGCUGGAAGAAUGUCUCUCAUGUCCUCUGCAGCUCCCAGGCACCCAGGUACCUGGGCAGGAAGAAGUGUGUGCAAAGUGUGUGUGUGCAGCCUCCUUUUCUGCGGCCACAGCUGACAGAGGCCCAACUGGCUGCAAAGAUCCUGGACAACGGCAUACAGGGAGACCUGCACCGGUCCAGGUCAAGUCUGGAAAUGAUGGAGAGCCAGUCAUGUGAUGCUGAGCCGCCUCCUCCACCUAAACCAGAGCUCCGCUACCCUGGAAUCACCAGAGGAAACACGGAGGAGUGCAGUCUACUAAACAAAGCCCCUCCCACCCCCACCAUGUACAAAUACAGGCCCACAUACAGCCCUGGCAAGAACCACACAGCACUCACACAUGCUUACGCCAACCAGUUAAGUCGAGGAGAGAGCGUUGGCAGUGCCAGGGACUCCUCCUCCUCCACCUCCUCCCUCCUCCAGGCCAGCCAGCAGCCUGGUUUCCGCUCCCAGCCCAGCCUGGACCGGCGGGAAGCUUCAUCCGACAGAAUGGGAGGGGGAGGAGGUGGGGAGAGGAGGGAGGGAUGCAGGGAGGUGGUAGGGGGGGGCAUACCUGGCUACACCCUUGGCGGACGCUCGUACCCCUCCUUCUCCGACCCCACAGUCCAAUCGGGAGUGGCGUCGCGAUCUUCCAGCUCUACCCACACCUCAGCAGGCACCGCCCACAUCUCUGAAGCAACAACAACCUCAGCUAGUUUCAAGAGCUUGGCCAAUCAGACACCCCCGGCUCAACACGUGUCUCGCAAUGGGAGCCUGUCGUAUGAAAGCAUACUGGCUGGCGGGGAUGAAUUCGACAAGGGGGUGGUAGUGGGUUCAGCAGCCCCUGAGCUUUCCUCCGGGAGACCCUGCACACCAGCAGCAGGCAGCUAUGGCGCCCCCUUCAUAUCGUCACAACAGAGAGAUGCUGAGAUGCACCCCCAGUUGUCCCAGUCUCCCCAUCACCACCACCGCUCUUCCCACCACCACCACCACUCCUUCCUCCAUCGCUCCUCCUCUUCCACAUCCUCCUCCCCGCCACCUCCUCAAGAGAGGGAACGCCUACUGGGUGAGCCCCAACUUGGCGCUCACACCCUAUCUGCCAAUCAUGCCUCAGCCCCACCUCACCCACAUCAUCACCACCACUCCCACCAUCACCACCACCACUCCCACCAUCAUCACCACCACUCCUCGUCCUCUUCCUCCACCUCCCAUCCUCCCCGUUUCUCUGCCCCCCACGCCCAACCCCAUCACGCCUACCCCUACCGCACCCGUUCCACUGACACCCCUCUGGGCUCCUCCACAACUUCCACUACCCACCCUCCCCGCUCCCCACAUCCCCCACCUCUGGGCAAGUCGCUCUCGUACUCAAGUGCCGCCGCUGCUGAAAUGCAAUACCGGCUAGUCCGCAAAGCCUCCGCGUCAGCUGGAGCGAAUGCAGCGGGGGUUGGAGGAGGAGGUAUAGGCGGGAUAGGAGGAGGAGGAAUACAAGCGCCGAAGGAUGAGCUGAUCCAGGUGAAACAUCUGAGUCGGACCAACGGUGGUCAGCUCUUCUCAUCCUCUUCCUCCUCCUGCUCUGCCCCUUCCUCUCCCUCUCACCCGGUCAGCAUGUCCACUCGGCCAGCGAUGGCAUUCCCCAGCUCAGCUUUGACGCAGAGCCCUGCCCACAAGCCCCAGGGCGGUGGGGUUAAGAAGGUGACGGGCGUCGGAGGCACAACCUAUGAGAUUUCUGUCUGAGUGGCAGCUUGUCGCCACUAUGAGGACCAAUGAGACGAGCUGGAGAUACUGCGUUUGUUUCUGACUGAUGGGGAAAUUGUGUGUUUUCUUAAGACAAAAGAACAGCGACUUACAUGAAUGAGUGGAACUAUUUUGUCAAGAUCUUACCUGUCAUUGGCAGCAGGGUUAAACUGUGUUGGACUAUCCUGCCUGCAGACACCCACCUCAGUAUUCUGCUGGGGAAAUAACUGGAAGGCUGGACUGGUGUGAGCCAGAACUCACUGGCUCUGGGCUAUGAAUGAUAUCACUGGACAAAAUACAGGCAUUUUGUGGGUUUUAUCCUCAUUGUAGCUAAGUAGGUAGCAUGAGGCACUAGCAUGGUCAGGUCUGGGUGUUUUGUUGUACAAGUUUUGCAACAGGAGGCGUUACCACUGCCAGGGUCAGGAUGCUGAUCUCCACUGAGGCCACCAGUCAGCUCUGCAUCACAAGGUUCAUAUCAACACAUUUGGCCUGACUCUGCAUUUAGGUUAGAAUUGUUGCAGAUGUAGGGCAUCACUAAACAAACAGCUCCAAGAUAAGGAUGAUUCUUCUAAAAAUCAGCAGUCCUUGGAACCCUAUCAAAAUCAAGGAAGGAUCAGUUUGGUGUAAACUACCUGAAUGGUCAAUCAGAUGAAGUCAGAAUCAGGGUUUUUUAAUACAAGCUCUGGCCCCAGUCGUCAGUUAAACUUUUAAUGACACCAUGCAGCAGAUGGAGCAUGGUCCAAGAACACAAGUUGUUUGUGUGCCCAGGUGAAGUGGGAUGCCUCUAGUCUGUAAGGCAGAGGCCAGCUGUAUCAAUUACAGACUCCGAGUCAAUCAUGGAGCUGCACAAUACAACGCAGCAGCUGAGUCAUCAGGCAGUUAGUAGAUCUGCUGAGGACAAUCUGCCGCUGUGCAGAAGUAGCUCCACGCUGUUCCUGCAUGAAUUGAACUGCCUUCUGAUGGAGGGAGGGGAAAUGUGACAUGGAAAAAAGAAAAAGCUGAUCCCCUCUAUCUUUGAUUAAUUUGUUGAUUUAUUCCUAGAUGUGAAAAUGAUUCCAUGGUUGUACAGGAUGAAGUGAUUUUUUUUUUUUUUUUUAAUGUGGAUUUUUUUAAGAAAAAAGUGGCGUUGAUACUGGACUGCAGCAUGCACUACUAUUACUACUUGCCACUAUAGGGCCGCUGUGUUUGAACCAACAGGAAGUCAGGAAACUAAAGUGAAAAAAUAAAUAAUGUUUUGGCUUUUUUGUGGUUAAUGGUGUCCUUGAGAAAAGGCAAACUUUCCAGGGAACAGCUCAUGGAAAUACUUUUCUAAAAAUAAUUUAGUGUUGUCAUUUUUUUAUUUCACCUAUUUAAUUUUAGAUUGUUUUAUAUAAAUUUAUAUGGAAAUAUAGCUAUUGUUAAAUGAAGAAUUUUUAAUAUUGACUCAAAAGACAGUUUGUGUUAGUGUCAGAAUGGGGAAGAAUAAAUCUAGUUGGUGUCAUUGUUGCUCCACAGUUGAUAGACUGUUUUCUUAGAAAGACCUAUUUCUAAUGUCCAAUGUUUCAAGAUUACAUUAGAAUAAAGGGUGCUGGAAUCUCUCAGACCAGAUGACUGAUCUAUAAGAUUUACAGUAAAAUGACAUCUACA